AUGGCUUCCACUUCAGCUGAGAUGCCUGAAUUCUCUGCUGCAGAGACAGUCCCGACACUUGACACGACACCGCUGCAUUCUCAAACCGCCUUCCGCGACUUGGUGCGCAUGGCACUUUUGUUAAUUAUCCCCAUCUACGCCCGAGUUUACCUUUUCUCCUCAAUCUUCACUGCCUUCGGACACGUUUACGUCAUUAGCACCACUAGUAUUUGCGUUGUCUAUUUCAGCAAAGGCAAGAUUAGUCUUCAUUCAGUUUGGGACAUUAUCUACGGGUUAUUGGUGUCUAGCUUUCCAAGCUGGGGCCCAUCUAUCUUAAGCUUCCUCUGGGUUGGGCCCAAGAUUCAAGGCUGGCGAUGGGAGGUUGUUUACUGGACGUUUGUUGCAAGCCGGUUAAAUUACUUCUUGCCAGAGAACUAUGGGAGCGACGUUGAGGAACUCAUUAGAGAAUACCGGCAUGCUUAUCCGAAUUUCCAAGGCUAUGUUACCAUAAUCUCCAGUGCUAUCGUCUACUUUGCCCUCUGGCCAAAAGGAUGUUCGUGGCACGAAGUUCUCCUUAUAAUCUCCAUCAUCGGCUCUUUCAUUCAAUACGGAUAUCUAUUAUAUCUAAACUAUGCCCAUCUCCAAAAAUUUGGAAAGACCGUGCGACAAGAUUCGUGGCCGUAUAGAGGCAUGUAUACAAGAAAAUGGGCCCUUGAUGGGCGAGGCCAACCGAUACGUAUCAACCACACGUUUGAGGAAUGGAUGAGAUUCCUUGCAACUGGUGAUAUCAAUCCCAAGAAUCAAGAAUAA